UCGCCUAAGCAGCGCUCUCGGUGCUCUCGGUGCUCUCGGUGUUGGUGUUGGGUGAAUAAAGCGCGCGUGACUCGGUUUUUACUGCUCGCACCUUUUUCACACUCUUCGCGGUCUCGGGGUUGCGCGGCUAGGCGCGGGCGCGCGCAAUUUCCUUGCUCUUGCGCUUCGUUCUUUUGCGCGCGUGUGGAGAGAGAGAGAGAGAGAGAGAGAGAGAGAGAGAGAGAGAGAGAGAGGCGCAGGAAGGCGCAGGGAGCUCGAGUCUGUCUCUCGCGCGCUACUCGCGGCCGGGCUCGGCGGAUGCUCGGCGGGAUACAUGCGCGCACCCCGGCUGCUUCUGCGCCGCCGAUGCACGAGGAAAUAUGCAGCGAAGCUCGGCCCUCUUCCUCCUACUACUCUUCCUCCUCACCAGCCUGCUCGGUCUCGGCUCGAGCUCCAGUUUCCCAAGUAACAUCAACAUAGGGGGUCUGUUCCCGACCGACUCCCACGAGUAUGAAGUGUUUCGGUUUGCGCUCUCUCAGCACCAGGAGGUGCCCAAACUGGUACCACAGGUGGACAUGGUGGACACGGGCAGCAGUUUUGCCAUGACGUACGCAUUUUGCUCCCAGUUCUCUAAAGGAGUCUACGCCAUCAUUGGUCUGUAUGACAGGAAGACCAUGAACAUGCUGAUGUCAUUCUGUGGGGCUCUGCAUGUCUGCUUCGUCACACCCAGCUUCCCCAUCGACACCAACAACCAGUUUGUGAUCCAGCUGAGGCCUGAGCUCCAGGAUGCCCUGAUUUCCCUUGUGGAGCAUUACAAAUGGACCAAGUUUGUCUACAUGUACAGCUCUGACUCAGGUCUGACUGUGCUUCAGAAGAUCCUGGACACUGCAGCAGAAAAAACCUGGCAAGUCACAUCCAUCAACUUUGACACUCUAACAGAAGCAGCCUUCCUGAAAGCUAUCCAGGACCUGGACAAUAAAAAAGAAUACAAGAUAAUUUUGGAUUGUGAGCUGGAGAGACUUAACUCCAUCCUCAACCUGAUUGCAGCCCAAAGAAAGAACUUAAAGAAUUAUCACUUUAUACUGGCAAACCUGGGCUUCAUGGACCUUAACUUCACGGAGUUCAGGAAGGGCGGGGCUAAUGUGACAGGCUUCCAACUAAUGAACUACACGGAGCCCAUGGUCAGCAGGACUAUACAAGAGUGGCUGGAGUUUGACAGUAAAGACCUGAAAAGUCCUAAGAGGAGGCUUAAGUACACUGGAGCGCUCACCUAUGACGGUGUGAGCGUUAUGGCCACUGCCUUCCAGAACCUCAGGAAGCAGCGCAUCGACAUCUCUCGACGGGGGAACGCAGGCGAAUGCCUGGCCAAUCCCCCAGCGCCAUGGGGCCAAGGCAUUGACAUCCAGAGAGCACUCCAGCAGGUGCAGUUUGAAGGUCUGACAGGUCAUGUACAAUUCAGUGAAAAAGGACAUCGGACCAACUUUACUGUCAGUGUAAUGGAGCUUAGUCCAAGUGGACCAAAGAAGGUGGGUUACUGGAACGAAAACGAAAAGUAUGUGAGCACGGCGACGUACACCCACAUACUUAAUGAAACGCUUGGCUUGCAGAACAGGACGUACGUAGUCACUACAAUCCUAGAAUCUCCAUACGUGAUGCUGAAGAAGAAUCAUGAGCAGUUCGUAGGGAAUGAUAAGUAUGAGGGCUACUGCGUGGAGCUGGCUGCUGAGAUAGCCAAGCAUGUGGGCUACUCCUUCAGGCUGGAACUCGUAGGAGAUGGCAAGUACGGAACCCGAGACCCUGAGACCAAAAUGUGGAAUGGCAUGGUUGGAGAGCUGGUAUAUGGGAAAGCGGACGUGGCCGUGGCUCCUCUCACCAUCACCCUGGUCCGAGAAGAGGUCAUUGACUUCUCUAAGCCGUUUAUGAGCCUGGGCAUCUCUAUUAUGAUCAAAAAGCCCACCAAGUCCAAGCCUGGGGUCUUCUCCUUCCUGGACCCACUGGCCUAUGAGAUCUGGAUGUGUAUAGUGUUUGCCUACAUCGGCGUCAGUGUGGUUCUGUUUCUGGUCAGUCGCUUCAGUCCGUACGAAUGGCACAGUGAGGAUACAGAAGAGGGGGUGGAGCAACAGAGCCAGAACCGAACACCAUCUCCAGAGCCCAGCCAGUCCCAGUCCCAGGGCCAGCACGGCCAGGGCCAGCAGGAGAAACAGGAGAAGCAGCCUGAACACACCAACGAGUUUGGCAUCUUCAACAGCCUGUGGUUCUCCCUGGGGGCCUUCAUGCAGCAAGGCUGUGAUAUCUCACCCAGAUCACUCUCUGGCCGUAUUGUUGGUGGUGUCUGGUGGUUCUUCACCCUUAUCAUCAUCUCCUCCUACACCGCCAACCUAGCUGCCUUCCUCACCGUGGAGAGAAUGGUGUCCCCUAUAGAGAGUGCUGAAGACCUGGCCAAGCAGACUGAGAUCGCCUAUGGGACUUUGGAUGGAGGAUCCACCAAAGACUUCUUCAGGAGAUCAAAGAUAGCUGUGUUUGAGAAGAUGUGGUCCUACAUGAAGUCUGCAGAUCCCUCAGUGUUUGUGAAGACCACUGAUGAGGGUGUUGCAAGAGUGAGGAAGUCCAAAGGAAAGUACGCCUAUCUGCUGGAGUCCACUAUGAACGAGUAUAUAGAACAACGCAAACCCUGCGACACCAUGAAGGUUGGGGGAAACCUAGACUCCAAGGGCUAUGGAGUUGCCACUCCCAAAGGAUCUGCCUUAAGAAACCCAGUAAACCUGGCAGUGUUAAAACUGAACGAGCAGGGCCUGUUGGACAAAUUGAAAAACAAAUGGUGGUACGACAAGGGCGAGUGCGGCAGCGGGGGAGGUGAUUCCAAGGAUAAGACCAGUGCCCUGAGCCUCAGUAAUGUGGCUGGGGUGUUCUACAUCCUGAUUGGCGGACUGGGGCUGGCCAUGCUGGUGGCCUUAGUUGAGUUCUGUUACAAGUCCAGAAUCGAGUCUCGGAGAAUGAAGCAAAUCAUAGAUGCGGCCAUGCUGGGCUCCACUGUGACCCGAAUGGGCAGCGGUGGGGAGAACGGCCGCGUGGUGGCUCACGACUUCCCCAAGGCAGCACAGACUCUGCCCUGCAUGGGCCAGGCAGCGGGCAUGGGCCUCAGCACCACUGGCAUGUAGACGGCAUUCCUGCACUGCCACCGAGGGGAGCAUGAAAGAGAUGCUGAAAGCAAGACAUGUUGCACUGCAACAUGCUGUUCACUGUCCACUGAACUACAGCCAAACGGACUGAUUCCACACUCUGGACUCUUCAAGACGAUAGAGCAGGAGGGGCAGAAAUCUCUUUUCUAAUACAAAGUUUGUUCAUUUUUUGAAGCCUAUCUGGUGCAAUAAGAAGCCUGUGUGGGAGUUUUUGUAUGAAGCUUCAUUUUGCAGGACUGAAGAAAGCGGAGGCUGUUUCCCACUCUAAGGAUAGUGACACUUGCACUAUGUCAUUUCUUUCAUUUGGCCUUGUUUUAUUUUUCAGUUCACUUGAUGAGAAUAAACCUUGGGUCUGUUUGUUGCUGUUUGCCUGUUUCAAGCCUAAAGGGUUUCACUAUGUUAAUGCGAGUUAUUUUGUCAGCUAAGCUAAAUGCAGAACAAAUCCAAACCCAGCCAUUCCUACAUUGUGUUUCCAUCCAUGAGAGAGAAUGACUUAUUUCAUUCAAAGUGAGUGCUGUGUAUAGACGGACGCCACUGAGCAUGCCAGGUUUUGAUUUGGCAAUGCUACCUCGUAGUGUUUCAGUUCCAUUACAAGAUGUCGAAAGGUCUUCCUCCUUCAUUAAACACAUUGCCCAAACUUUCCUCCAAAGCACCAUGAUAAGAUUGUUCUGUAAGAAAACAGGAGCUGAUCACUCAGCCUUGUCAUAGCCUUUGCUCAGUCUCCCUCUGCCCUGCUGAACAUGAUGAAUCACCUGCUCACAGUCUCUGAGCCGUGAUUACAUCUGAGAGAAAGAGCAAUCGAGCGGGGGAGAGACAGCCAGGGACAGAGUUAAGACAAAAGACAGCCAGAAAUACUGAAGAUGUGUAGCGUAAAAGUGGAAAAUGUGGCAAAAUAUAAAAUAAUACUUGAAAAUGUUCAUGAUACAUUAUAUGUUUUGAUUUUCUGAGGUUUGGUUACAAGUUGCAACAGACAAAAUGUCAGUUUUUGCAAGGAUAAAUCAAUUAAGAGGAACAGAAGGAAAGAUAAGCACAAAUAUUCAUGAAGUAAGAGAAUGACAUAAUAGUGCUCAUGUCCAUUGUAUGCAGUUAUUGUGAAUUGGUUGAUAUUUACAGGCUCACUAUUAUUGGUUUAGAUCUUUUGGAUAAUGUCCAGUGUUCCACAAAUACAGAUGAUACCUGUGUUAUCCCCAGAAAUGCAAAUUAUCACAUAAUGUAUCACAAUAACAGUAGCAUAUCAUAUGGCCCACCCCUAAUACAGUUGUAUACAAAGUUUGGGAAGUCAUGGCAAAAAUACAUAUUUUGUUGAUUUUUGAAGUGAAAAGAAGUAAAUACAGCCUCUGCAACAAAAUAUCUUCAAAAAUUUAAAUUUCCGAAUGUCACUGCACACUGUAUAAGUUCUCAUCACUAUUUUUAUUGCUUUAUAUUUGAACUUAAAAAUUAGGAAACUAUAGUAAUUUGGCAUGUGUAAACGUUUAGGUACAUAGGAAAACUAGGUUGAAAGCACGACUCUAUUCUUUUGUGAAUUUUACCCACACUUUCUUGCAGAUAUUCAUGGGGUGUCUUGCUUGCACAACAUGUCUAAGAUCCACCCACAGAUUCUUAAAGAUGUUGAAGUCAGGGGACUGUAAAGGCAAUUCCAAAAGCUUCAGCUUCUUUUGGAUCACUGUCCUGUUGUAGAAGCCAGCCUUUUUUAGUGUCAAAUUCCUGACUCUCAAGAAAUUUCUUGACUGUGAAUUUGAUGAUAUUUAGUGGAAUCUGUUCUUGCAUCUACCCAUGCAAUGUUUCCUUUGUCACUUUGUGCCAUACAGCCCCAAAUCAUAAUAGAGGCACCUCAGUGCUUAAGAGUUCUCAAGGUGUUCUAUUAAACAAAUGCUGCUCUUUUUUCUCCAAACAUACUUUUGGUGAUUGUGGCCAAAGAGUUGUGUUUUUACUUAAUCAGUCCACAGCACUUUUUUUCCUAAAUGCCUCUGUGUCAUGAUUGGCCCCUCUCAGUCCUGUCCAUGUGCUCCUUUGUUUUGGUCUUCCAUGUGCGUUUGUUUUGGUUUAGUCCUGCCCCCUGUUUGGUUACUCGGCCCUGA